AUGCCUAAAGUAUGUGAAGGCGGUACCUAUUUGGAUAAAUAUACCGAAGAAGAUAUUGUUAAAGCUAUUGAAGCGAUAAGAAAUGGAAUGCCUAAGAAAACUGCGGCGAAGAAGUUCGGUGUGCCACGUCCUACCCUACAGUUUAGGCUUAGUUCCCAAUUUGUUAAGCCUAGGCCAGGACCAACAACAGUCUUAACAGAAGACGAAGAGAAUAUUUUAGUCGAGUGGAUAAACAUGUAG